AUGGCAGGAACUUCCCGGAUAGCGCAGCAGCCUUCCUGGGCGUCCUCGUGUGGAUCCUCCCCGCCGGGCAUCCGAGAGCUGAGUCAAAGGCUACAAAUUGCAGAGGGGCUGAAAUCGGGGUGCCGGGCGGUCCAGUCACAUUUCGCUGAGAUCCCCUCACCAACCAGCCAGCAUGCCUGCUUCACCUCUGCCGUGAGCCCUACGGAAGCAUUACGGGACCGUCUGAUGAAGCCUUGGCCUUUUCCACGUAAAGGGGCCGUGUCGGUGGCCUUCAGGAACGGGCCGAGGGGUUGCCGCGCGCCCUGCAACGACGGCGUCCAGCUCCCAGCGUGGCCGAAGCGCGCGGCCUCAGGACGCAGCUGUUCGCAGGAGACCCUGACCGAGAGACGGCAGCCUGGCGAUGGCAGGAACUUCCCAGAUGGCAAGGCGGCCUUCCUUGGCGCUCCAUGUGGAUCCUCCCCGCUGGGCAUCCGAGAGCUGAGUCGGAGGCUGCGAAUUGCAGAGGGGCUGAAAUCGGGGUGCCGGGUCGGGACUCUGGACCUGGGGUUAUGGAGUCAGCUUCGGGGACGGGGAGGUCCAGGCUGUGGCCCCUUAGGCCACGUGAAGGGAGAGCCUCACAUUUGUUCACAGUGCUGAGGUGUGCAGGACAGAGCAGUCCCGGGGCGUGUCGUGUCACUUGUCCAUCGUGCCUUCUGUGUCUUUUGUGCUUCUCGUGUUGUACGUGCCUCGCCUUAUCUCUUCUGGGGGCUUACCAGAAACCCCGGCAUCACUCCUCGCAUCUCUGAUCUCUGGGCUCCUCAGCCCGACACCAUCGAAGCUUUGC